AUGAAGCUGGUUAGCAUAGGUGGGUGGAAUGCAGACGACAAAUUCGUAGACAUAUUUGUCAACAAAGAUUUGGGAAGGAUAUUUGUAUGGCAGCAACAAAUAACUUUAAACAUAUCCCUCGUUGUGUCUGAUGGAAAAGAGGAGCGGAGAACAAGUCAAUGUGCAUAUUUAACUGUGCAAAAACAAACCAAUUUGAAAUCAAGAACUUCUCUUGAGAUUGUUGAGCUUUUAAUGUUUUGUAAUAAAAAAUUUUAUUAA